AUGGCAGUCGCAGAUGCACCGGACGCUGGUUCCUUGAGUAGCAACGGAGCCAAAUCUGAAGGAAACGCUAGCAGGCAGCCCAAUGAGAAGGAAAUCGAGCCUUCAGUAUUGGACAAGGUCAAAAGCUUGAAGAAACAGACCACAAGUAAAGUCGAAUGGGAGAAGGAACGGCGCGAACUGAAGGAAUAUAUUGCUGAUCUCGAGUCAGCUGUCACUGAUGCUCAUUCCCAGCUGAGCAAGAUCAAUGAGCUGCUGGCUUAA